AUGUCCGCCACAUACGGCUACCUAUCAAUGUUCUACCACCAACUAACCUUCCGCCCCGCCCCGCUGCCCACUUCCACCAACCUAUCCGGCCAAAAGGCGCUGAUCACGGGCUCCAACACGGGUCUCGGCCUCGCCGCCGCGCGCGAGCUCGCAUCACACGGGCUCUCGCGUCUGAUCCUCGGCGUGCGCAGCGUCUCCAAGGGCGCCGCCGCCGCCGCUUCUAUUAUAUCUGAGAGUCCCGGGUGCGCCGUCGAGGUCUGGCCGCUGGACCAGGACGACUGGGGCAGCGUUGUGAUGUUUGCGCGGCGGGCGCGGGAUGCGUUUGGUGAUGGGGAUGGGGAUGGGGUUGGGAGGCUGGAUUUCGUGCUGUUGAAUGCGGGGGUGAAGAGGCUGGAGUACACGACGGCGUCGACAGGACACGAGGCCCACGUCCAGACCAACCACCUCGCCACGGCGCUGCUCUCUCUCCUGCUCCUGGACCCCCUCCGGCGCACGGCGCGGCGCACCGGCCGCCCGGGUCGCAUGAGCAUCACCGGCUCGAGCGUGUUCUUCUACGCGCCGGUGAGCGACGUGGCCAAACCCGCCAUCAUCCCAUGGCUCGACGACCGGGCUUCGUUCAAGGCGGGCAGCCAGGACCGGUAUUGUCUGUCGAAGCUGCUGCUCGUGCUGUGGGUGCGCGAGCUGGCGGCGCGCGUCGAUGGCGCGGAUGUCGUGGUUAAUGUGCUGAACCCCGGGUGGUGCGUCAGCGAGUUCCACCGCGCGGACCCGGCGACGCGGGCGGCGAGUCGGUGGGGGGCGUAUUCGGCGGUGCAGGGGGGGCAUUGUCUUGUUGAUGCGGUGGUGAGGCAUGAGGGGAGUCAUGGGGGCUAUGUUAGUGAGCAGAAGGUUAAGCCGGUUUCGAACUUCGUGCUGUCGGCGGACGGCAAGGCAGCGCAGAAGAGGCUGUGGGAUGAGACGAUGGCGGUCUUUCGGACGGAGUGUCCUGGCGAUCAUCUCGAUGAGUUUCAGGAGUGGUAG